CACCAUUCGAAUCACCUGACCACAUUCAGACUCAAAGCCAGAGCGGCGCUGGUUUAAUGUCUCAUGGACUGCUCGACGCGAUGUUUUGGGAACAAGGUGGGAACGUUUGGAAAGUUGACAGCAAUGAAAACGGAAAGGCAGUCAAGGUCGGCCCAGUUUUAUGGGUAAUGUAAUAGCCUCCGCCUCGACGCCUCGCUAUCCCGUUUGAUUGUCAUUGGCUCACUUUGGCUACUUAGUACAAGCAAAGCCGGGCGGGCUUUGUGAUAAGUAGGCUCUUUUACGUCGUGUUACAUUAUUUUAUACGCUGUGAUAUAGGCCCUUAUGCUUCUAACGUGAGCUAGUGCUAGAGAGGGUGAGGGGUGUGCAAUACGAAGCGCGUGCCAUGGCUUCCAGCUCGACAGGCAGAAGCAGAUGCGCGGGGCAUGUGUUGCGCUUCUGGUUUCAAGUUGG